AUGGUAAUAAAAAUAGCUGCGGAGCAAUCACCAAAAGCUGAUCGUUAUAAUGAUCAUGUAGUGAUCAGAGAGUACGAUGAGGAGAGAGAUAAGGUGGCGGCGGAGGAGCUGGAGAGGCGCUGUGAGGUCGGUGGCGGCGGGGGGCGGGGUAAGCCUUCGCUUGUCACCGACCUCAUGGGCGACCCAAUCUGUCGCGUCCGCCUUUUCCAAACUCACAUCAUGCUGGUUGCAGAGUAUGGAGAACAAAAGGACAUUGUAGGGGUCGUAAGGGGUUGUGUGAAAAACGUAACCACGGGGAAUUCUGUUUAUGCAAAGCUGGCAUAUAUUUUGGGUCUAAGAGUCUCUCCCACGCACAGGAGACAUGGUAUUGGUAUAAAAUUGGUGAGACGACUCGAAGAAUGGUGCAAGGAAAAUGGAGCGGAAUAUGUAUAUAUGGCCACAGACUGCACCAAUGAACCCUCCAUCAAUUUAUUCACCAAAAAAUGUGACUACAAAAAAUUUCGCACCCCAACCAUGUUGGUGCAGCCUGUUCACGCCCACUACAAGUCAAUUAGCUCGAGCGUCGCCAUUGUCAAAAUCCCUCCCAAGCUAGCAGGGUCAAUGUACCGCCGAGUCUUCACCAGUUCGGAGUUUUUCCCAAAGGACAUAGACACCAUCAUGGCUAGCAAGCUCAAUUUGGGCACUUUCAUGGCCGUGCCCAAAAAAUGCCUCCACAAAUGGGAUACAAGGGAAACAAAUAUUUUCCCCCAGAGUUUUGCUCUCCUAAGUGUGUGGAACACAAAAGAGGUGUUUAAGUUGCAAUUCAAGGGCGUAUCGCCGCUAACGUACGCAUGCUGCGUAGGGAGUAGAGUGUUGGACACAUGGAUGCCAUGGCUUAGAUUGCCUUCAAUCCCUGAUGUCUUUAGGCAGUUCGGCAUUUAUUUCUUGUACGGACUACACGUGGAAGGGAAGCAAGGGUUGAGGCUCAUGAAGUCUCUAUGCACCUUCGCGUAUAACAUGGCUAGGGACGAUGGCGGGUGUGGGGCCCUUGUGGCCGAGGUGGGCCAGAGGGACCCAGUUAGAGGCGCUAUCCCGCACUGGAGGAGGUUCUCAGGUGACGACCUUUGGUGCAUCAAGAGCCUUAAGGAUGCGAAACAAGAAGGAGAAUACGAAAAGGGAUCUCAACCGUCCGAUUGGAUUAAUUCCCGAUCAUCUUCAUCAGUGAUUUUUGUUGACCCACGUGACUUUUGAAGAUGUAGCUACCAAUAUUGCUAAUCUGAUCUUCUCUUAUUCUCACACCAAACUUAUAAGGGCAAAAAAUGAGAAAAAAAAAAAAAAUGUUAGAAGAAACGUGUUAACAGUUUCUCUCUCAUA